AUGAAGAAAAGGGUAAUUUUUAGUGAUGGUUGCAGCAGCCAGUACAAUGUUGACAAGACCAUUGAUAUUUACACUGGUAACUUUACAGUUGACAGAUUUGCCUUGAUACUUUUGCCGAGGAAUAAAAUGCCUGAAAACCUACAAAACUUCUUGCCAGUAAAUGUAAUUGGAGAUGGUAAUUGUAUAGCACGGUCAGCCAGCGUUGUUUGCUUCGGGAAUGAGGAUGGAAACGAAGAAGUCAGAUGUCGAAUUGUAAUUAAAAUGCGUUGUUUUCCAGAUGUAUAUAUGAACAAUGAACACCUAUCAAAGCACUUUUUGGACAAUAAGGAAGCACAAUCUUUACUCCAGAUAUACUUCAUGUUUUCCAAUGAAUACAUCCCAGGUGACAGAUUAACAUUGGCAGUUAUUAGAAAAAAUAUUUGA